AUGCAGCAGCAGAUUCAGCAACAGCAGCGCCAUUCAGAUUCACAGCAACAACCGCAUCCCGCGUUCCAGCAGCAGCAGCACCCAGCCAUCUACCAGCAGCAGCAGCAGCUCCCAGCCUUCCAGCAGCAACAGCAGCAGCACCAUCACCAGCAGCAGGCGCAGCAUCCAGCCGUCCAGCAAGAACUGCAGCAGCAGCAUCCAACCAACCAGCAGCAGCAGCAGCAGCAGCAGCAGCAGCAGCAGCAGCCGGACCCCCCGCGCCCCCACCUGACACUGUCCGUGGUCCAGCCGGCCCCCCCGCCGCCGGCGCCCUCGACCAGCUAUGCGCGCAGCAGCGGCGCGUACACGCAGCGGGAGGAGCACCUGCAGCGGGCGGAGGCGGCCGGGGAGAUUCAGUUUGCGUAUGUCAAGAAUGACGGGACACCCAUCAAUAUGAUACGGUGA